UUCAGUAGAAAUAAAUACGAGUGAUCCGGGGAGGACGGAUUAUCGUCCAAUCUAGUCUUCUGGCAAUAUUUUCGUACUGUUUCGCGAAUAAUGGCAGCUCCCAAGAAACUGACAACAAUGUUGACAGGGCUGAGAGUGGCUCAGGCUCCUCAUCGUUCACUUGAUCAUCUUUACUCGAAAAUUCUCAGAGCAUUGCAGAAACUACCCACGACCUACCCUUACAGGAUGCAGACUGAGAAAGUCAUCAAAGAUCGAACUGAGAUUCUCCUUUGUACAGAGGACAUCCCAACUAUAGAAGAGAAAAUCGGCUGUGGUCAAGUGGAGGAGCUCAUCGUCCAGGCUGAGAAUGAAUUAAUAUUAGCUCGUAAAAUGUCAGUGUGGAAGCCCUGGGAGCCCCUCGUCUCCGAGGCUCCAGAGAACCAGUGGACGUGGCCACCAACAAAGUAAUUCACGUCCCACAUUGUAGACUAGAAACAAUAUUAUUCAAAACUAAUUGUGCAAAUAAAAUUAUGGAAUAAUCCAUCGUGAAAUUACCUCAGUACUUCCGGUUUAAUCAGUGAGUGUCUAAUGAAAAUGAUUAAUGAGUAAGAUGAUUAGUUCAUAUUAAAAUGAAUGAAAAUGCA